CUUACGAGCUUCGUAAACCGGAAGUAGUACCAACUAUUAGAAUAUCGCACAAAUUUUGUAGAAAAUUUGUUAAUCCACGUAGCCCGUAAGUAUUUUUUUAUAAAAUAAGAUUUAUUUAAUAUAAAUAUUGUUAUUUUCUUGUAAUAAAAAUGACCAAUCCAUUAAUAUACAAUGUAAAUUACAUGACUCAGGAUCACAUUCAAAAUAUAAAAUUCUUCCGAUAAAGUUUCUCUCUACAAUUGAACUAUCUAAAUUUCCAUUGGGGUAUUAAGAUGUCUGGUUGCCUGGAUAACUUUGAAUGCCCACAGUUUGAUUGUUAUAAUCCAGAGAAAAGGAAUGCUAUUGCCUCCUGUGCAGCUGGUGCAUUGUUUUUCAUCGGUUGGUGGAUUAUCAUCGACGCAGCGGCAGCAUAUCCAGAUAACGCUGACCUGCCAAAAGCAGCUCACACGUGCGGUGUUGUGGGAACGAUAGCAUUAUUUUUAAUAAACUCAGUUUCGAAUGGUCAAGUCCGAGGAGAUGCUUAUACUAAUGGAUGUUUAGGACAAACUGGUAAAUGA